AUCAUGCCUCCAACAUUGCCAUUCUCUUACACUGAUUCAAGCCAGACUAUAAAUAUUCAAGCAAAAAGCAUUAAUCUUUGUACGCCAAAUGCUCUAACCAGUGAAGGGAAAGAACAUCAGCCCACCAAAUAUUUGGCCCUCUUAAGAAAUCUUGAAUUUUCAUUUUUCACAAUUCGAAGUCUUGUUUUCUGUCAAUUUCACAUAGACAUACACUUACUUUGUCUGCCAACUGCUCGUUGGAGUUCAAGCCUGACGCCAAAGCCUCAACAAAAUCCAAGAACCCCUUUUUUUAUAUGGAAGCAUUGUAAAUUUGGGAUCUUUUUGUGAGGAAGUUGUAAUCUUGAUUUGGCCUUUUGAAGUUUAGUUACUUGCUAGUCGUUGUUAUUAUCAUAAAUAAAGAAAUAUUAGUUUGAUGGCUCUCUGUACAUUUGCAUUUCCUGGGAAUUUGAGCAAGGCAGCGGGUGCAGAACCUCAAAGGCACACAACUUUAUGCUCUCAGUGGCUCCAUGGAACGGAUCUGCAGAGUAAAUUUUAUUUCAAGAAUCAGCAGUUUAGGUUUGGAACAAUUAACUUGAAACAGUUUUCUUGUAAUAUUUUGGUAUUGAAGAUGAGGAAGAGGGCAGCAGGGGUUUGUGCAUCCUUAUCGGAGAGAGGGGAGUAUCAUUCACAGAGGCCUCCGACUCCUCUUUUGGACACUGUCAACUAUCCUAUUCAUAUGAAAAAUCUCUCUACUAAGGAACUGAAACAACUUGCAGAUGAAUUGCGGUCUGAUGUUAUAUUCAAUGUUUCAAAGACUGGGGGUCAUCUUGGUUCAAGCCUCGGUGUUAUUGAGCUCACUGUGGCUCUUCAUUAUGUAUUCAACGCUCCUCGAGAUAGAAUACUUUGGGAUGUUGGGCACCAGUCAUAUCCACAUAAAAUUUUGACUGGAAGAAGAGACAAGAUGCAUACAUUGAGACAGACAAAUGGUCUGGCAGGUUUUACUAAGCGCUCGGAGAGUGAUUAUGAUUGCUUUGGUACCGGCCACAGUUCGACAACUAUCUCAGCAGGACUAGGAAUGGCUGUGGGAAGGGAUCUAAAAGGAAGAAACAACAAUGUAGUUGCUGUAAUAGGUGAUGGUGCUAUGACAGCAGGUCAGGCUUAUGAAGCAAUGAACAAUGCUGGAUACCUUGACUCUGACAUGAUUGUUAUUCUUAAUGACAACAAACAAGUCUCGUUACCCACUGCUAAUCUAGAUGGCCCUAUUCCUCCCGUUGGAGCUUUAAGUAGUGCGCUGAGCAGGUUGCAGUCCAACAGGCCACUUAGAGAAUUAAGAGAAGUUGCCAAGGGAGUCACUAAACAAAUAGGUGGGCCCAUGCAUGAGCUUGCAGCGAAAGUUGAUGAAUAUGCUCGUGGGUUGAUCAGUGGUUCUGGAUCUACGCUAUUUGAAGAGCUGGGACUCUACUACAUUGGUCCUGUUGAUGGCCAUAGUAUUGAUGAUCUAAUUGCUAUUCUUAAAGAAGUUAAGAGUACUAAAACAACUGGUCCUGUGUUAAUCCACGUAGUCACGGAGAAAGGCAGAGGCUAUCCGUAUGCCGAGAAAGCUGCAGACAAGUACCACGGUGUGGCUAAGUUUGAUCCGGCAACUGGAAAACAAUUUAAAUCCAGUGCCCCUACUCAGUCAUAUACAACCUACUUUGCAGAGGCUUUGAUAGCAGAAGCAGAAGCGGACAAGGAUAUUGUUGCAAUCCACGCAGCAAUGGGAGGUGGGACAGGUUUAAACCUUUUCUUGCGUCGCUUCCCAGCGAGGUGUUUUGAUGUCGGGAUAGCCGAACAGCAUGCUGUAACUUUUGCUGCAGGCUUGGCCUGCGAAGGCAUUAAACCUUUUUGUGCAAUCUACUCGUCCUUCAUACAAAGGGCUUAUGACCAGGUAGUGCAUGAUGUGGACUUGCAGAAGCUACCAGUGAGGUUUGCCAUGGAUAGAGCUGGCUUAGUUGGAGCAGACGGUCCUACUCAUUGUGGGGCAUUUGAUGUUACUUUUAUGGCAUGCCUUCCUAACAUGAUAGUGAUGGCUCCUUCUGAUGAGGCUGAGCUAUUUCACAUGGUUGCAACUGCGGCCGCUAUUGAUGAUAGACCAAGCUGUUUCCGCUAUCCAAGAGGAAACGGUGUGGGCGUGGAGCUACCCCUGGGGAACAAAGGCAUUCCUCUUGAGGUUGGAAAGGGCCGGAUAUUGAUUGAAGGAGAGAGAGUGGCUCUUUUGGGGUAUGGAUCAGCCGUUCAAAGCUGUUUGGCUGCUGCUGCCUUAGUAGAAUCCCGUGGUUUACAGUUAACUGUUGCAGAUGCACGCUUCUGCAAGCCACUAGAUCACUCUCUUAUACGCAGCUUGGCAAAAUCACACGAGAUCUUGAUCACUGUGGAGGAAGGGUCAAUUGGAGGUUUUGGAUCUCACGUAGCUCAGUUCAUGGCCCUGGAUGGGCUUCUUGAUGGCAAUUUGAAGUGGAGGCCGGUGGUUCUUGCAGAUCGGUACAUUGAUCAUGGAUCCCCAGCUGACCAACUGAUGGAAGCGGGGCUGACACCAUCUCAUAUCGCAGCAACAGUUUUCAAUAUAAUUGGGAAAGCUCGAGAGGCUUUGGAGAUUAUGUCUGAAAGUGUAAGAAGUUUAUAAAUUGAGUACAUAAUUGUUUCGACUCUUAAAGAUAGUCUUAGGAUGGACUCUGGCUCUUUUGUAAUCACGUUGUAAUUCAACUAACUGAAAAAGCUGAGAAAUCUUGAUGACAUAUAUAGAAAAUAUAAAGGAUUAUAUUUCCUGUGCCUUUGUAUGAUUCA